AUGGCUAUGUCUUCCAAGCCUCGCGAUGUGUUCUACUACCCCUCUGAAGUCGCCCACGACCUCGACGGUGAGAGCCGCCUCUCUGAAGAGCAAAAGACAGAGGUACUCGCCUGCGCGUACGAGUACUCACGCUGCGUGAUCCCCCACUACACCAACUGGAAGCGAUACGUCGGCUUCGUCCGCUGCAUGAUCAUAGGCAUCAUCGCCGAGUUCAGGGGCGACCUGAUGGACGAGGACGGCGGGGACAGCAUCGCCGGCUACUCGCUCAACGGCGUGCUGGAGGAGCUCUUCGAGGGCACCCCGGGCCACGCCCUCAUGGCGCGCGAGUACAAGUCGUUCCUGAUCCCCGCCGCGGACAAGUCCAGCGAGCGGCGGCACGGCGAGCUGUUCCGGCGCUACGUCAAUGCGCUGGCCUCGUCGCCUCGCACUUGGUUCCGCAUGCGCGACUGCGACGCCCUUUCGCGCUUCACUAUCUUCUCGGCCCUGGCUUGCAAUGAUAUCGACACCGUGCCGACGGACGACGAGUGUGAGCUGCUCAGCGAGAUUGGGAUUUAUCUGUACGACGCGGUGGCCUUCUACAAGCACCGCGGCGAGGGCGAGACGAACAAUACCUUCGCCUACGUGCCCUGGGACAUGCGCAUCGAGAGCUUCCGCGUCGCCCGAGAGAUGCUCUGGGCCUUGGACGAAUAUUAUGUCCGGCGACCCGAGGGGCCUAUCAUGAUAAACUUCGUCCGUAUCGUGGGCGGGCCUGUUCAUAUGAUGAUGCGUCGCUACCGUUUCGUCGAGGAGGAGUGUACCAUCGGCAGGGUCGAAACAGACGAUAUCAUCGAGCUGGCCCGCCGCAAGGUCAAGCUCUGGAACCGCGUCGACGUGGCUACUCCGCCGGAGGAAAACGAGAGGAUUGGUCUUCUCGAGGCGCCGGGGGUUGAGCGCUACCAGGCUUUGCUGGCGCGCCGCGAGGAGUGGAUGUUCCCGGGACUUGCCGAAUACCUCGAGGGCGGCGGGCAAUGCGAACGUUGUGUCUAUCGCGCCUCCUAUGGCGCUGAGGUUAGACAUACUUUCGGUGGCGUCAACUUGUGCCAGAAGUGCGAUGAGUCGUUCCGCUCAUAUGUCGAAAAGCUGCCUGAGAGGGUUCGAGCUGUUUACCCUGACAUCGUCCUUAAAACACCACCGCCGCAGACAGCCGACAAGAAAGCUACCAAUGGGGACGUUAAAGCAACAUAG